CGUACUGGCGUUAGUAAUUUCGCACCCAGCCCACCACGCACAUAUAUACCGGGACAAAACGAGAUAUUCUGACCUGGGAAUGGACAGCGGAAUGCAGAGUUGUCGUUAAAGAAUCGAAUUAAACGCGGAGGAAUGGUUUAAAUUUGAUAGAAAACCAACGCAAACCCGUAGGAUCGGUCCAGCCCGGUACGGGUCCGCCUCUCGCCGUCGGCGGUGACUCACGGAGCUCGGGCCGUUGACGGAGCAUUGCUGACCGGUCGGAUAAAUCCACGGAAAGACCGACGGGAUUUCAUCAUGAAGUUCAAACCGAACCAGACGCGGACGUACGACCGGGAAGGAUUCAAGCGGCGAGCGGCGUGUCUGUGCUUCAAAAACGACCGGGAGGAUGAGGUUCUGUUGGUCAGCAGCAGUCGAAACCCGGAUCAGUGGAUUGUUCCUGGUGGAGGGAUGGAGCCGGAGGAGGAGCCGUGUGGAGCUGCUGUACGCGAGGUCUUCGAGGAGGCUGGAGUGAAGGGUAAAUUAGGACGCUUGCUCGGUGUGUUUGAGCAGAACCAGGACCGGAAACACCGGACGUACGUGUAUGUGCUGACGGUCACAGAGACGCUGGAUGCCUGGGAAGACUCGGUCAAUAUUGGCCGUAAGCGCGAAUGGUUUCCUGUCGACGAGGCCAUCAAGGUCCUGCAGAGCCACAAACCUGUUCACGCCGAGUACCUGAGACGCCUGCGGAUCAGUCGCCCGUCCACCACCACCAACGGCAACCUGCUCCUGCCCCAGACAUCUCCCAGCACCCUCACACCGCUCUUCAGCGCUCCGGCGUCAACCGCACGCAGAUAGGACACACACACACACAUAGAGUACAACACACACACAUCAACACUCCUCUGUCUACAUGAACCACUCACACACAUCUCCUGGGCCUUUAUGACCCUCACAACACCUCUUAGGCACCUUUGGGACGUUCUUUCGAGGGACAAACCAAAGUGGUGUGGGAUUUGCGGUGAAGAAUGCCUUAAUGAUUUAUUUAAUGAUUGAAGUCCGUUACAGUCAAUAAUUAUUGACCAGCUUUACAAACCAGUUACAUGGAAGUGCACUUCCAUUAUUCCUCCAUCACUCUCACCUGCAGAGCUCGGCAUUCUGGGAUUGUGAUGUAGGGAAUGUCAGUUUCAUUCCACGUGGCUUUUACAGCAUUUGACCUUUCUGAAUUCAGUCGGUUAGCGCUGCCGUGACCCCAGACUUCCCUUUAAGACUCAGACGAGCCCUUUAAAAGCCCCCUUCACUGCUGCUCCUGAACGGAUCGCUGGAUUCCUGAAAGCAUCGGAGAUUCCGGUCGAUGAGAUUUCUGGGAAUUAGAUGGUGAGCAGGAGGGAAGGAAUCUCAUUUUAUGCUUGGAUUAAAAAACAAACGUUUGUAGAUAUACUAAAAGACUGAAGAUGACAAAUAAUGUAUGAUGGUUUUUAACUACAAUGCAAAUGUAUUAAUCUUUUCUGCUCUUAACUCUUUCUAUGAGGUCUUUCUUUAGGUGAUUUUGACAAGAACAGAACUGUGAAUUUUGUCAGAAUUUUGUCACAAAAAAAUGCUAGCGGGCGACUCUCACGGAACCAGUCAAUAACAUGCAGGUCCUAUUUCACUAUAAAAAUUAAACAUAUAUAUAUAUAUAUAUAAGGAUAAAGGCCUAUUUUUAAGACCAUUAGACUUUUUUUAUGACACAUUUUUCCUAUAUUAUUAUUACUAUAAUGCACAAAUAAUCAUGUAUUAUUUAAAUUAUGCUGUAUUUAUACAUUAUGGUAUUAUUUGUUUUGCUGCCCUUAAUUCAUGGUUAUUUAAUUAACUAUUUUGUACUGUAAAUACUGUAUGUCUGUAAUAGAAAAUCUAAUAAGUAUCACAAUUCAAUUAAAAUUAAACAAAAUCUAAUUGGUCAUUGAAAUGGGCUUCAUUUUCCUUAUUAAAAAAAUCUCUAUAUAUACAUUUUACGGAGAUGAAAUAUAUUUUAAGUCAUAACAAUAGGUUUCAUUUUCUUAAAAAUAAAAAAAUAAUCAGUUUAUCUUUAUAGAUCACAAUAAAAACAAAUCUAAAUGGUCAUCAAAAUAGGCUACAUUUUCCAUUAAAAAAAACAAAACAAUAUAUAUAUAUAUAUAAAUAAUAAGGCGAAAUAUGAGCUGUAAAUGUUUCGUGAGAUUAACCCAAAUUAAUUUUUGGCACCAGCAAAGCCUUGAAGAUCUGUCAGAUGUGAGGAUUGGGUGCCUUUUUCCUCCUUUAAAUCUUUUAACAACACAUUGUACUGUCUUUGUUUUUUGUUUGAAACACUGAUGUGUGUUUGACGGAUGCUGCUCUGAAUGCGUUUCUCCAGUGGCUGAUCUCAGAUCUGCUGUAAUCACACUGAACCCCAACACGUCACUCCUGCUCAUGUUUAGUUUGUGUGUGUUGCGGAUGUGUUUUGAUAUGUGAAAACGAACAGGUCAGUGCCAGUCCUUCGUUUGGAUUGAGAGGCUGUACACGUAACACUUUCCUUUAGAUUGCACCGAGAUGUGAAGUGUCAAAACUUAUCAACUAAAUGUACAUUUCCUAAAACAUUUGGACUAUUUCCUUUAGUAAAACAAAAAACAUGAGUGUUAUGGUGAAGUUACAGGCCGCACAAGAUGUACAGUCUAAUAUUUCGGGUCUCCACAAAGAGUUCUGAUGCUAUGUGAGGCGUGAACUGUAAACUAGACACAGCCGGAGGAGUGUUUGGUAGAUUUACAGGUUUGUGAGUCAGACCGUCUCUUACCUGUUCUGAGAUGCCAACGGUCCACAGUUUCUGUAAGUUUACUGUAAUCUGUACAGAUGUUCAUAAUGGAUAUUUUUAUUUGUCAAUAAAGAUUGUAUCACAUGGAGAAAAAAAAAA